AUGUGGGACGAUGAGGACAACAACCCCUAUGGCUCCUUUCAGCGUCGUGACUCCGAGAUCAGCGAGGUCCAGUCGCCGGUAGACCGCUUCAAUCGACCUUCGACUCCCCCGUCCGGACACUCCUCGCCCACCGAGACACCCGCCUUCCUCUCGCGCUCCGCCGAGCUGAGUGACGAGGACCUCUCCGACUCACGACCCAAGCUAGCAAAGGUACCGCCGAAGGAAGGCGGCUACGACAGUCGCAUUGAGCAGAUCCUCUACGAACACCCAGAUCUUGAGAUCCAGAUCGUACACGCGGGCAAGAACACCGAGGGAGGGGGCGGCUUCAUCACCUACACCAUUCGGACAGGCGAGAUUGAAGUCCGCAGACGAUACUCCGAGUUUGCUUCGCUACGCCAGACGCUGGUCAAUCUCCACCCAACACUUAUCAUCCCACCCAUUCCUGAGAAGCACAGCUUCUCCGACUAUGCCGCCAAGCCUACUAAAGCGAAGGAGGAUGUCGGUAUCAUCGAACUCCGCCAACGCAUGCUUUCGACCUUCCUCAACAGAUGCCGUCGGAUGAAGGAUGUCCGUGAGGAUGGAGUGUGGUGGCGCUUUUUGGAUCCAAACGUUAGCUGGAGUGAGGUCUUGCACUCUCACCCGGCCGCCAGCAUACCCAAGAACAACCUGAAGGCACCUCCACUUGAUCCUGCAAACCCGACGCAAGCGCACUCGUAUCUACCUAUCCCUGCGACGAACGCCAAGCUUCGCUCUGGAUCUGGCACCUCGCAGUCUGGCACACCCACCUCGCCACCGCCAUCUGUUUCUGCUUCUUCGGCUGCACACAGCACACCUGGAAUUCAAUAUGCCCGCUUCCCACCUGUCGCUCAGCAGAACAUUGGCGAGUCGGAAUUAGACCCGUACUUCUCUACCUUUGAAGGCUCGUCGAAAGAAUUGGAGACUCUCCUCACAGGAUCGAUGGAGAAGGUGAACCAACGGCUACUACGCCACCUCUACAGCCUUGGCGACGAUCUUAUGGAUCUUGGUGCACGCUACAACGCCUUCUCGCUCUCUGAACAGUCGGCAAGUGUGGCACAGGCGAUCGAGAAGAUCGGGCAGGCUUGUGACUUCACCUACAUUCAAAGUCGAGAUCUCAGCUCUGCAUUAAGCGCAGGCUUCGCAGAGCCAAUGCGAGAAAGCGCGCAGUUCGCCGGUGUUGUGAGAAGCGUGCUAAGGUAUCGUGUGCUAAAACGAGUGCAAGAGGAGAUGACGCGAGACGAACUGGAGAAGAAGCGUGCGCUAUUGGAGCAGCUGGAACGUAGCGAGGCCGAAGCGAAGCGAAUAGAACAGUACAUGUCUUCGUCAAGCGCAUACAACCAGCAAGGCUCAACACCAAAGCGAAGCACCAGCAGCUCCAGCAACCGCAGCCGAGAUACUUCACAACCUCAGCAACACUCCCAACCCCCUCGAGAAGACCACGAAGGCGACAACAACAGCGUCGACUCCGAUUUUCCACCAACCACCGCCGCUUCUUCCGAUCUACCAACCUCUCAUCAGGGCCAACCAACACCUUCGCAGCCUGAUCACCACCGGCGCGCAGCUUCGUCCUCAGGUCUGACGAACAAGCUCUUCGGCCGUCUCACCCACGCUAUUCAAGGUGUCACCGACGCCGACCCGGAGCGCGCACGCCGCGAUGCGCUGGGCAAGACCAAGGAAUCGCUUGAUCAGCUGGAGCAGGCAGUUGUGGUGGCGAAGACGGAUGUACAAGAUGCGAGUCAGGGUGUGCUGAAGGAUUUGAGGAGGUUUCAGGGCUCGAAGGAGGCUGAUUUGAGGAGUAAUAUGAUCAACUUCGCGCGAGCACACGUGGAAUGGUCAAAGCGGAGUUUUGAGGAGUGGGAGAAGGCUAGAGGGGAGGUUGGCCGGAUUGAGGUGAGAUGA